GAGAGAAUUCAUUUAAAAAAUGACAAAAAAUUAGAUUUUCCCGUGAAAAAAGCUGCAAAAAUAACACAAAUGGAGUUUAAUUUCAAUUCUAUAUGCCGCACCUGCAUGGGCGAAGUGCCCGAUUUGCAUUCAAUCUACGAAAAAGAGACCAUUAAGAAGCUAAAAGUUUGUUGUGAUGUACAGGUGUGGGAAAACGAUGGUUUACCUGCAAAAAUCUGCCAACUUUGUCUCACGGAGGUCGAACAAGCGUUCACAUUUCGCGAGCGCGUCAAACGUUCCGACAUCUCGUUGCGUCAAAUCCUCCGUUCGACCAAAACUGUCGUCAAAGCGGAGCCGAACGAAGUAAUGGAAGUGGAAUAUCUCGAAUUCGAGGGCGGUUUUCAGGAUGCCGACCAAUUUUCCGAUGCCGAAGAGAAAAGUUCGCCCGAGGAGUCGAAGGAAAAUGCCGUUCUCGCGAAUGUCAAGUGCGAGCUGGACGAGUAUCAGACGCAAUUCAAGUGCACCGAGUGCGGGCAGUGUUUCCGCGAUAAGCGAACUCUCGUGCGGCACGGUUACGUUCACAUGCCGAAGCAGUUCAAGUGCACGCAAUGCGAUAAAUCGUACAAUCGUCCGGAUAAAUUGACGGCUCACAUGCGAACGCACACAAAUUACGAGUGUUCGGCGGAGGAAGAAGCCCGAAAAACGGUUCCUGGUGCGCCCUACGAGUGCGAAAAGUGCGGCGAAACGUUCAAAGCGAAACGCUCGUUGCGAACGCACUUUUACGACAGCAAAUGCGCGAUGCAGUUCGAAUGUCAAACCUGUCACAAAGUCUUUGCGAACCGCAAAAAUUACUUCCGGCACCGCGCGACGCACGAAACGCCCGAAUUCGCUUGCAAUUUAUGCGACAACAAGUUCAUGCGAUCGUACGAACUGAAGCGGCAUCUCAAGGAACACGGCGUCAACGUAAAAUCCGAAGAAACCGAGAGCGAAGCAGACUCCAGCGACGAAGAUUGGAACAAGGAAGGAUCGGGCCGGGGACGUCCUUCAGCGCGUUAUCAAUGCGAAUCGUGCAAAGUGAAUUUCGCUUCGGAGAAAUAUUAUCGCCUGCAUUUGGACAACAACAAGUGCGGAAAUGAGCCGUACACGUGUCAAGUUUGUCACACCGUUUUUUCCGGCAAGAAGGCGCUGCGACGACACUCGUACACGCAUACCGCCGAGAGGUACGAUUGCGAUUUGUGCGAUCGGGAUUUCGUUAGACCCGAUUUGCUCGUUUAUCACAAGAAACGGGAUCAUAAUGUCGUGACAGAUGCGGCGCAAUUGGCGCACGAUACGACACUGGAUCCGAACGAGUUUGGCGUUUAUCAGUGCCAAGUGUGCUCGGCAGUACUAAAAGACAGGCGGAACUUGAAGCGGCAUUAUCAGAUGCAUUCGGACAUUAAAUUCAAGUGCACGCUUUGUAAUAAGGAAUACAACCGUCGCUACGAAAUGAACAAACACAUGAGACAAAUGCACGGACAAGAAGGUCCCGCACCGAAAAUCAUCAAAAAAGAGAAGGAACCGAAACAGGAAAUCUACAAAUGCGAACAUCCGGGAUGUAAUAAGGAGUUUACGAAGCGUUACAAGUACAAGGAACACUUGGCAGUCCAUUCGGAUGUUCGUCCCUUCCUCUGUGGGCAAUGCGGACAAGCUUUCAAGAACAAACAAACGUUCCUCAAUCACGAAAUCCGGCAUGGAGACGUCAAACCGUUCAAAUGUGAGGAAUGCUCGAAAGGAUAUUACACGAAAAAAGACUUGGCGGUCCAUUUAAGAAGUCACACAGGCGAAAAACCGUACGUUUGCACGGAAUGUGGCGCCAGCUACACAAGAAGUGAUUCUUUAGCUAAUCAUUGGAAGAAACAUACAGGAGAACGCCCCCACGCUUGUGAAUUUUGUCCCAAGCGGUUCAUAAAAGGAGAGAAACUUAAGAUUCAUCGUCGGAUUCACACAGGAGAACGUCCCUAUGCAUGCUGGAUCUGUGAUCAACGGUUCACCCAAAAGUACGACAUGGUCAAACAUGCGCGUCGUCAUCAAGAAUAUCAUGCACCGCCUAACACGACAGUCGUUUUGAAUUAAAAAUAAAAAAAAGUUCGCAUUGGAGAUAAGUUUUUGAAUGGAUAGCAGCUUAAGUCAACUGUAAAAAUUUAAGAAGAAGAAAUCUUAGCAAUUGUAGUGGUUUUAAAUUCAUCAAAUUUCAACUUUAUUCACCCCCUUAACACUAAAAAUAUUUAGAAAUAUCGACGUUUUAUAUAAAAAGUAGAGAUAUAACUGUGAAAAUAUAUCAUA